AUGUCAACAUUGCACCUUAAAAAGAGCGUAGAGCAAGGUCAAUCGAAAUACUUCAUUACGCUGGAGAAUUUGCGCAACAUUCUCAACGUAUUGAGGACUGCCGCCAAAGCAUUGCCAUAUCAGCGAUUCAAUUUGCAGGCGUCUGGCCAUAAUGCUCCUCACCCACCUGUAGCUCAUUCCGGUGCCUCGCAAAGCAGCCCUGGACAGCCAAGCGGAGCGCCCGCUGUCCAGCAACAGCAGGAUGUUAAGUUUACACCCAAGCUACCGCAAGCCAUUCCCAGUAUACCUCAGACUCCUCAAAUACCACCAGCACCACAGAUCCACCGGACACCUCAGAUACCUCCAGCACAACCUCAUUCUCAGCCUGCAGUUGUAGCUCCGGUUCAGGCUGGGACGCAAUCGCAGCUUCAAGGUCAGUCGCAGGUGCAAACGAGUCCGCGACCGCCGUCGGCGGCGAGGAAACCUCAUCCCACGGUUCCUUCGCCUGCUGAGGCAGGACCGUCGACAGCCACGCCACCCGCGCAUACUGCGACGCCAGCUGCCGUGAAUCCUCCUACACCUUCCCAUGUCGCAAGUUCGCCGCAAACGCCACGGUCACCAAGAGGCAAGACGGCGAAACCAAGAACGCCCGCUAAGCGUCGGUCUAACACGAAGACGGCAGUGACGCCUGCAGCUUCUGCGUUAACACCUGCUGCAGCUUCGACCCCUGCCGCCCCACCGACGCCCGCUACUGCUCCCACUCCCACAAAUGCUGCUGUACCUAUGCCUUCGCCUGCCAUGGUCCCCGCGCAAUCCCCUGCUGCAGAUCUUGCAACUUCUUCAGGGGCUUCUGCUCCGGCUGGGAUCAAGAGAGAGCGCGAGGAGGAGUUGUUAGCUGCAAGCGAGCUACCUCCUUCUGCGCCUUCCCCGAAGAAGGUGAAGACUGAGUGGGAAGGGCCGCCGAGCGAGGCGCUAAUCAAAAAGCAAGCUGAGGUCGAGUCUAUUCAGACAGACGAGGAUGCAGCCAAGUUCUACGAGGGCAUGGCGGAGCUGUUCAGGACAAUGUCCUCGGAGCAUGAGCAGGAUAUGACGACGCUAUCGCAGACAUUGGACGAGAUUCUCAAAGGCUAUCCUGGUGACACAGAAUUAUCCAACGGUGCAGGGCCAUCGUCGCCGUCGCGUCUGCCGGAGCCUGAUGAGUCGGAGUUCCUUGACUUCACAUACUGUAUGGAGGAGGAUACGGGCUCGAAGGCGCCAACACCGGAACUUCAAGCAUCGUCGACGAAUCCGAGCCCGGGCUCGGGGUCUGACUCAGAGGGUGGACACGGCUCGUCGACUGGAUUCGACCCGGCGCGAAUCGCGAGCGAUGACAUAGAGGAGGUUCCGGACGUGCUACGGCUAGGGUUGUGGAAAGAAAUAGACGGGGGUGAGUCGGCAUAUUACCAAGGAUCGGAUGCUUGGAAGUGGGAUGGAAUGAUGCCAUCCGAGCAAGGGUGGCCGAUUUUUGAUUCGUAG